AUGGCACCAAAGCGAGUUCUAAUUACCUAUGGCGUGGAUGUUGAUGCUGUGGCCGGAUGGCUAGGCUCAUACGGUGGAGAGGACUCUACGAAUGACAUUAGCAGAGGCUACUGGGCAGGAACCAUCGGAACCCAGCGUCUCCUGAAAAUGUUCAAGAAGUAUGAUAUCAAAUCAACAUGGUUCAUUCCCGGCCAUUCCCUUGAAACCUUCCCAGAGGACAUGGCUGCGGUCCGCGAUGCGGGUCACGAAAUCGGUCUACACGGAUAUUCCCACGAAAACCCAACGGACAUGACAAUUGAACAGCAGCGUGAUGUACUUGACAAGACAUAUCGCAUGCUCACUGAGUUUGCUGGAAAGCCGCCUCGAGGAAGCGUAGCACCCUGGUGGGAAACCAGCCAGGAAGGAGCUCAGCUUCUCCUCGAUUACGGUAUCGAGUACGACCACAGUAUGAGCCACGAGGACUGCCAGGCCUAUUACCUACGGACGGGCGACACCUGGACCAACAUAGAUUACAAGAAGAAGGCAGAGGAAUGGAUGAAGCCUCUCGAGCAUGGUCCGCAAACAGGGCUAGUCGAGAUUCCGUCAAACUGGUACAUUGACGACCUUCCCCCGAUGAUGUUCAUCAAGAAGGCACCGAACAGCCAUGGCUUUGUCAACCCGCGCGACGUGGAAGAUAUCUGGCGCGACCAUUUUGACUACUUCUACCGCGAGUAUGAUGAGUUUAUUUUCCCGAUUACUAUUCACCCGGACGUUUCGGGGAGACCACAUGUACUGCUCAUGCAUGAACGUCUCAUCGAGCACUUCAAGAAGCAUGAGGGGGUCGAGUUUGUGACGAUGGAGCAGGUUUGCGACGAUUUCAAGAAGAAGAACGCUCCUCCACCAGGUGCUUUGAUGCCUGCGAAGGCUGGAGCUAUUCUAGAGAAGUAA